UUCGUAACCGGUCUGCAACCGGUUAAUCGGACUAACCGUUUGAGCCCUAAUCAUUAUCAUGCUGGAGUACUAGUACUUAGUAGUAGUAGUAGAUCUACGUGGAGAGAUCUCUAGCGGGCACACAAACAUCAAAGACGGUGGUUCCAUACUCCAACUUCCAAGUACGUUUACGAUGUAGCUAGUUGUUUGCUUGUUUGUACUUUGUUGUGCUGUCACUCAGACGAGUCAGACUCAGAGGUACCUGCCACAUUCCUCAGAAGGCAGAAUGGAACCGUUAGCGAGGAGGUUACCGUUAUCAAAACAUCCGAGCAGGUGUCUUUGAACGGGCUGCUGUGCUGAUCGAAACAUACGAACGACUAUAUUGGUACGAAUAUCACUUGAGCAGUUCAGUUCUAUUCAUCUCGGAAGCAGUUGGCUUUGAUUUUGCGGUGUCCUGUUUUGUUGAAAUCGCCGGAGUAUUGCUCUUAUUUUACGGUGUUUGAAGCCAUUACCAGUACCCCUAGAUUGCUAGCCGUCGUUAGUGAGUGCGGCCCGAGAAAGGGGGAGUGAGAUGGCGGGUGUUUCUACCAGUACUAGUAGUACAUGUAUGUAUACACUGCAGCGGUCGCUACUGAUCAUGGUGGUGAUGGUGAUAGUAGCUAGUCACAGUGCCACUCUGUGCAGUGGUCAGCACACGUACGCCGUGACGUUUCCCUGCACCGUGCACCCGGGCCAAGCCACGGUGGUGAACAUCGCCCUGUUCGGCGGAAGCGGUGACGUUAGCGUGCAUGCCGAACUGCAGGCAGUCGGUGGAAACCCUCUGGGAGCAGCAGAUGUGACGAUCGCUGCACGCUCCGAAGCGCAAAUAUCUGUGCCUACGCCCGAGAGUAUUAAGACCGGGUCAUCCUUGAUGCUUGUAGUGACAGGUACCGGUGGGCUGACAUUCACCAACAAGACUACGGUCAUGGCCGGCAGUAGCUUCUCUAUCUUCGUACAGACCGACAAGGGCGCCUAUCGUCCUGGCCAGACCGUGCGUAUGCGUGUAGUCACUGUGCAGCCCGAUCUAAAACCGUACAGCAAAACGUUCAAUGUGCACAUUGCUGAUAACAGUAAGAAUCGCCUGGCUCAGUGGCUGAAUGUACAGCCUGUGAAUGGGAUAUGGAGUGAAGACUUCCCCAUCUCCGAAUAUCCACCACUGGGUAACUACACCAUAGAGGUGAACGCUUCCACAGCUCAGACAAGCACCCAGUUUGAAGUGCGCGAGUACGUCCUGCCGAAGUUCACCGUCUCUGUAUCGACAGUGCCCUACGUUGCCAAUGAUGAGAGCUCGGACAUCGUUGCCUUCAUCAGUGCUCAGUACACGUACGGUAAAGCUGUCGAGGGAACUGCCAAGGUGGAGCUGUUUCUCAACAAUGUCUACCAGUAUUGCAGUGGAAGGAGCAAUCCGAGAAUCAGCCGUCAAGUGACACUCACUGCUGGCAAGAACGCUUCAGUCACGCUGACCAGGGCGCAGUUCAACAGUCUCUUCUGCUCGUCGUAUGGCUUCGGCCAGUACUACCGAGGCUACCAACAGCUGGUGGUUAAUGCUAGCGUCACCGACCUUGUCACCGGUGAGACGCGCCACUCUAGUAGCUCUGCCGGUCUCUACUAUAUCUCCAGGCAGAUGGAAGUGGAUAGCAGUGUGUCGCCGGCCAGCUUCAAGCCCGGUACUAAAUACCCAUUGCGUAUCUUAGUUAGCACACCGGACAAGAAGCCCAUCAGCGGUGCCAGUGUCGAUAUUCGAGUGUGGAGAAGUGCGGACUCAAUCUCCACCACCACAUUGCUAUCGACAAACGGUGUAAUCAAUCACCUCAUCGAUGUUCCGAAAAGCAGCGCACAAUCGAGCAUGAACAUCCGAAUCUCCCCAACUGGGAAUACCGACUACUACCAAACUAUACGUUUCAACCCAAGUCGAGCUUUCACUACCAGUGGUUCCUAUCUGCAGCUGUCUGCUUCCAAAGCAAACUAUGCUACAGGCGAGACCGCUAGCUUUACUGCCACGGCCAUUGUUGACUCGAGCAAGACUAUCUUCAGCAAGUUAGUGUAUACAGUACACUCAAGAGGCACAUUGGUUCAUCGCGGCACCGUGAUUCCAACUGCUGGGUCGAUGGUAGCGUCGUUCAGCUUUGCCAUCACGCCAGCAAUGGGUCCAUAUGCCAAGGUUCUUGCGUACUAUGUUGCUCAGGGAGAAUUUGUGGUUGACUCACUGUCGGUGGGGGUGAGUGGCGUGUUUGAGAACAAUGUCCAAGUGUCGUUUGGCCAGGCAGAAGCUCGCCCCAAUGACAACGUCACACUGACUGUGUCUGCAGAGGCUGGUUCAACUGUUGCAGUGUCCAUUGUUGAUCAGAGUGCACUUCUUGUCCGGCAAGCAAACACCAUAACAGCGAGUGGUGUCAGUGAGGAGCUUGCCCAGUACGACAAGAGUGGCCGACCUGUCUACUACGACGGCCCUGUCUGGGCGCUUGCCGAGCCAGCCAUCUGGAAUCGCCGCCGUCGUCGCCGCACUGUACUACCAGGCCCAUGGUACUAUGGUGGUGCUACCGCUAGCUCUGUACUUCACAAUGCCGGCAUGUGUAUCAUCAGUGACCUGAAUGUGCCAAAAAGCAGGUACAGCAGCGUGCCCAACUAUCUCCCAGGUGGUGGCGAUAUCCAGUUCGGUUUGGAUGUGCAAGAGACUGCGUUCAGUGGAUCUGGCUCAUCAAACACUCGGACGGAAGUGGGUGAAUCACUUGCCGUACCAGACCACACCCGUGACUUCUUCCCCGAGACCUGGCUGUGGGCCACUGCGAAUGCAUCGGCCAGCGGCACAGCAGAGUUUGAGACAGUCGUUCCCGACUCUAUCACAUCGUGGGUGGCAAGCGCCUUCGCUGUGUCACCGAGCAAGGGCAUGGGUGUAGCACCGUCAACUGUCAAACUGCGGGCUUUCCAGGAGUUCUUCAUCUCGCUCAACCUGCCGUACUCUGUGAUACAAGGCGAGGAGCUUGUCCUCCAGGUCAAUGUGUUCAACUACCUGGACACCAGCCAAGAAACACUGGUCACAUUAGACUCCACGCCCAGCCUGAAGGUAACCGGUGCCAACGCUGGACAAGCAGCUAGCAAGACUAUUACAGUCCUGGCAGGGAAAGCACAAUCAGCCUUGUUCAUUGUCAAACCGACCAUAUCUGGUCGUCUUCCGAUCACCGUCACAGCCCGUGCUGGUUUAGCUGCCGACCGUGUCAUUCGCCAGCUGCUCGUUGAGCCAGAAGGUGUUACAAAGUCCUACUCGCAUGGUGUAUUCAUUGACCUGACCAACACUGGCUCGAUGACAGAGAAACUGCUCGUAUCACUUCCUACCGAGGGCUUAGUUCCUGGCUCAGCGCGGGCGGUCAUUUCAGUCGUUGGCGACAUCAUGGGGCCAGCACUUUCCAAUCUGGACAAGCUCUUAACCAUGCCGUAUGGCUGUGGUGAGCAGAACAUGAUUGCCUUUGCACCUGACGUCUUCAUCACACGCUACCUCACCGCCAGCAGAAUGACCACGGGCAGCAUACUUGCCAAGGCCAAGCGCUUCAUGAUGUCCGGCUAUCAGCGUGAGCUGCGCUAUUGGCGCAAUGACUACUCGUUCAGCGCCUUUGGAAAGCGGGACAAGGUCGGCAGUCUGUGGCUGACUGCGUUCGUCGUGAAAUCCUUCUCACAGGCCUCGCCAUACAUCUACGUGGAUCCCACUGUCAUCUCCAAGUCACUACAGUUCAUCCUAAGACAGCAGGCCAGCGCUGGCUCUUUCCAGCAAGUCGGCAUGGUGCAUCACUCCGGUUUGAAAGGUGGCCUACAAGGUGAUGUUGCCCGCACGGCCUACAUCCUCACUGCCUUGAUCGAAGCUCGCAAUGCUCAGGUUCGGCCUUCAGCUUCUCUCACCAGCGCUAUUUCUUCAGCACAGUCGUAUCUAGGAAGCCAGCUGAGUCUUGUGACUGACAAUUACACACUUGCGUUGAGUGCCUAUGCCCUGAAGUUGUCGGACAGCAGCCUAGCAUCGCAAGCCCUUACUCUUCUGUUGGCACGUGCGGACCGUACGGGAGGAACACUGAGUUGGCAAGAUAGCCGUAAGAAAACAGUGACUUCGAGAUGGCGUUCUCCGUACUACCGCGCCCCGUCGGCCGAUGUGGAACUGACGGCCUACGGUCUACUGGCACUAGUGCUUCACAAGCGCAUUGCCGAUGCCUCUGCGGUUGCUCGCUGGCUUUCGUCCCAACGCAACUCAUACGGUGGAUUCGACUCCACACAGGAUACUGUUGUUGGUUUGCAAGCACUGGCUGAUUUCGCCAUGCUGGUCUCUGCCACACCACCAACCAUGAACAUCAAUAUAGCCUCAGAGGGCGGUGCAUCGGCAUUCUCACAGUCGUUCAGUGUGAACAGUGUCAAUUCAUUGGUACUGCAGCAGACGGAAGACUUCCCAGUACCGUCCACUCUUGCCCUCAGUGCUACCGGGUCCGGCACGGUCGUUCUCUCUAUUGCGGUGUUCUACAACCUGUACACCGAUGACGUCAAUGCCUACACUAUGGAUACGGACUGCUCGCUGUGGAAGCAAGGCGAGAGACUCGGCGCUACUUGCAAGUACUGCACACGUGCUGCUGCCACCACCUACGCAGACACGGGUAUGUCACUGCUGGAGAUUUCCCUGCCGUCCGGUUUCAAUGCUGACAUGGAUACGGUCAGCCAAGCACUGUCCAGGGAACCCAUGGUCGGUCGGGUGGAAACGCCGGAUCGUAGAGUCAUCUUCUACUUGGAUGAGAUCGGAACAUCGGACACAUGUCUGACGUUUGAUAUAUUGCAAAGCCUGAUUGUGGGCCAUCUGCAGCCGAGCGCCAUUCGUACCAUCAACUACUACUCUCCGGCCGUUAGCAAUGCCAGGCUGUACAACGUGAGUGCAGAGGUGAUCCCGCUUUGCUGUCAGUGCCCAACGUGUGAUACAUGCUCCAGUGCCAGCACUGUCGACUGUCCGCAACUCAGUGCUCGGCCUACCGGCAGUGGCUCUGCCGCUGUGCGACCUGCAGUCAUCGUAGUCACAGCUGUGUUCAUGCUUGGUGGCCUUACCAUGCCUGGGUUAUCAAUCUGGUGAGCGCCUUUGCAGCAAAGGUAACCGUAGCUUGGAGUGUCACCUUACGAUGCAUCUAUGUACUGUCCACUCAAUGCGCCUUGAAACCGGGUUCUGUCACCGGGUUCCGUGUAGACGAGACUGAUUUAACAAUGGCCAGUAAUUGUAGCUGUUGCACUUGUACAUCCAUGUGACUGUAUUUCCAGCAUGAGCGGCAUGGGAAGACCGUCUCACCCCCGGUGCCCCAUCUCAGCCGGGUUCAGGUCCUGGGCUGACUAGACCGACCCUAGGCACACAUGUGGCACUGUGUAUUUUUUGUUUCAGAUGUAGAAUUGGAAUGUUUCGUCUGGACUGUCUUGUCAUGUUUGAACUGAGCCUUACAGAGUUUAGAGACUAUCUUUUGACCAAUAUCUGCUUUUAUUGUUUUAAAUUGAGCACCCAUACUUAUGUGCCCACCUAAAUCCCUUCUACCAUUGCCGCUUAGCUGGCACCCGCUGGGCAGCCUUGCUGAAUAUUUGCACUUGACGCCACUAAUCCACCAUGGCACCUGCACAUUGAAUGAAUGCCACUAUGGAGACUUGAACUAGUCACUUACGAGCCGCGGCAGUACCGGGCCGACUGCAUCAACAAUAGUUAUUCUAUGCGGAUACAAGGUUGUCAUCAUAGUGUUGCCGGGCACAGCCUAUUCUCUUUACUACUAUACUAGUUUGAUUUUUGUGACGUUCUGGGCAUCAUGCGGCCCAGAGUUCAACGGUUUGGUUGCUUACACUACACUGCGGCACUUCCUGCAUUUCAUAAUGUUACUGAAUUAUCGUGCUGCCGCGUGAUCACAUUAUUAUGAUUCAUCAGUAGCACAUCGGUACAAGACCAUCGUCAUAUCGUGA